AUGUCACGUCGACGGGGCAUUGCGGGCCUCGCCGCGCUGGGGCUAUUCGUGAUGGGGGCAAUGAUCACGACAUGUCUGUCGUCGCUCGCGUUUGGUGCCCCGUCGGGCGAGUUGCGGCUGAGCUUUUCGUCGGAAGCGCGUGCAGGGGCCGAGUUGCCAGUGCGCGACUCGUUUAUCUUUGACGGCGCGACGUCGGACAUUGCACGGCAGCUGUACCUGCGGCACAUUGCAGGCGAGCGGAUCGACCCCGUCGUGCCCAACGUCGUCCCUGCUGCCGUCACGACGCGACUCGCGCCGUUCAAUAUCUCGUUCAGUGCGUUGCCAGGACUGCUGCAGCGAGCGCUGCUGUGGGACUCGGGCUUUGUGAUCUCGCCCGUGAACGACGCGGUGCAGAUUUGGACGCUCGGGGGCCGAUCGAUGGCCAACUUGGCCGUGUCCAAAGUCGAGUUUGACACGACGGGCUGCACGGCCCUGAACUGCAGCCAACCGGACGACUCGAUCUAUUACGCCAACAAGUAUUGCACGGGGACGCAAAUGCUGACGGCGACCAAGUGUCUGAUGGAUACGUUUGACUCGGACUCGAGCUCGCACCUCGCCAUGUGGUCGAACGGGGGAGACAUUACCAUGGUGCCUGAGAUUCGAGCUGUGAUGCAUGGCUGGCUCGACGCGUCGACCAACAGCUCGUAUCUGCUGUCUGCCGUGCAUACCACGAGUCUCGAGUCGGAGCCAGCGUAUGGUGCUUGCAACAAAGGCGGAUACGGAUCACUUGUGGUGCCGUGCUAUGCAUUGCGACACACGGCUUCGGACGUUGUUGCAGUGAUGUCAACACCGGUUACGACUCCCUGGGUGACGACGUGGGUCAAGCAGUACCAGGUGACGACUGACACAUUCGUGAACAGCAAGUCCAGCGAGAACAACAUUGGCUUUAGUCCGUGGCUACUGAUUACGAUCAUUCUAGCAGCCAUCGUCGCAGCGUGUUUGAUCCUCUUUGUCGUGUCUCGAAAGAAGCGGUACUUGCGGUCCGUGCAGUGGCAGCACGACUCGUUUCCAGAAAGUGACGUUGCUGAACGCGGACGAAAGACAAAGCCGAUGGUGCCUCUGACUACGCUGUAUCAACACGGCACUGGGCAGCGUCGUGGUCGCUCAGAGCAGCCGACAGCCGGGGAACAUAGUCAAACGAUUUGCUCACCGAUGGAAGACGAGUAUUCAGUCGAAGAAGCAGUGCCUAUGGUUGGAGAUGUGGCACCGCGUUCGCGUCGAUAUACGGCUUCGGGGUCGAGAGCGACCUCGACAGUGCAACAAAGGCUUCCUGCUGUUCAGACGGACGUACGAUCUAUUCGAAGCGGCACGAUACCAGCAGAUCAGAGCCCUUCAUUCGGAGCAUCGUAUCGGUCCUCGACUUCUUUUACACGAGCGCAGUACAGUCAGUCGGCUCGUGGGGCUUCGAAUCAUGUCCCGCAGCCAGCAGUAGGGGAAGCAGCAGCAAUGCGGACGUCAGCACGCGAGAACACGAGGUCGAAAGUUCGUUCGACCAGAUCAUCGACGUAUUGCUACGCACCUACCGGCCGAGAGUAUCCACCGCAGCUUCGUGAGUCGGCAUCGAUGCCUCCGAUUCGAGAGUCGCUGCCAUCGAUCCGCGACUCGAUUCAGGCUGACCGGGCACUCAUUCCUGCAAUGAGGGAGACGUUUUGCCGUUACUCUGCAGCCGAUAACGUGCAGUACACGUUGACGACGGAUCCUAACCUCGUUGGGAAGCGGAUCGCAUGGGAGCGGAUUAAUCUCGAUCGCUUACUCUCGAGUGGUGCAUUUGGCGAGGUGUGGGUAUGUCGAUACGCUGGUAAGCAAGUGGCUGUCAAGCGGUUGUUGCAGUCGAAGAAACCCACGUUUCGCGAGACGGAAGAGUUUACGAGCGAGAUCAAGCUUACGGCUAGCCUGGACCACCCCAACAUCGUGCGCUUCAUUGGCGUAAGCUGGAGCAGUCUCGAGAACUUGGCGAUGGUGGAAGAGUAUCUUUCUCGAGGAGACUUGCAGAACUACUUACAGCGGCACGGUGAUCUGAUGACGUGGGCGUGCGAUAAGAUUGACAUGGCGAUCGGUGUGGCAAGAGCGAUCGCGUACUUGCAUGGUCGAAGAGUUAUCCAUCGUGACAUCAAGGCUCGCAACGUGUUGUUAACGAAGCGGUUGCGACCGAAGCUGAUUGACUUUGGCACGAGUCGUGUCUGGGCUCCCAGCGACAUGUCAGCCGGCGUUGGAACGCCCUUUUGGACGGCACCAGAGGUGCUCGAGAGCACAGAGUACACGGAAAAGGCCGACAUUUACUCGUUUGGCGUGUUGCUCUCGGAGUUGGACACGUGCAAAGCUCCUUAUCACAACGCGUUUCGGGCGAACGGGGACAAGGUCAAGCCUUUUCUCAUCUUGAAGAAGGUCGUCGACGGAUCCUUGAGACCCAGUCUCGUGGCAGGGUGCCCCCAGCGAGUUCGUGAGAUAGCCGAAGCGUGUUUUCAGCACGACCCGACGUUGAGGCCAUCCGCUGCAGAGCUCGUGAAACUCCUGGAUGGCUAA